UGUAAAGUCAGUCGGUCUGCAUCGAUCCAUUAUAAGAGGACACCAUGGCGGACGACGAGGAUCCAAAGGAGUACCGCUGGGAAACCGGCUACGAGAAAACAUGGGAAGCCAUCAAGGAAGAUGACGACGGUCUGGUCGAGGGCUCGAUCGCUGAAAUCAUCCAGAAGGCCAAACGCAAACGGCAAGCGAUGAAAAAGGGCUUCAGCAAGCUCGGUAUGAUGCGCCACUUGUACGUGAUUCUGGACUGCUCGGAGGCAAUGUCCGUUCCGGAUCUGAAACCAACUCGGCUGCUGUGCACGCUCAAGCUGCUGGAGAUCUUCAUCGAGGAGUUUUUCGACCAGAAUCCGAUUUCUCAGCUGGGGGUGAUCGCUAUGAAGGCCAAGCGGGCGGAGAAGAUUACGGAGCUGGGCGGAAGUUGCCGGAAGCACAUCAAGGCGGUGGGGAACUUGAACAAGCUGAACCUGACCGGGGAACCGUCGCUGCAGAAUGGGCUGGAGUUGGCAUUGAAGACGCUGAAGAUGGUUCCGUCGCACGCGAGCCGGGAGAUUCUGGUCGUGAUGGGCAGUUUGACCACGUGCGAUCCAACGGACAUUCACAUCACGAUUGACGCGCUCAAAACGGAGGGAAUUCGUUGUUCGGUGGUUAGUUUGUCGGCGGAAAUUCGCGUCUGCAAGUUCCUUUGCACGGAAACCGGAGGAGUUUACGGGGCCGUUCUGGACGAUUCCCACUUUAAGGAUCAACUGUUGCAGCACAUUGAUCCGCCGCAGGCCGGCAAUCAGCAGGAAUUCUCCAUGAUCAAGAUGGGCUUUCCACACGGGAAAACCGAAGAAGGCAAAGAUCCACCACUAACCAUGUGCAUGUGCCACAUUGACAGCACCGACGAACCGUCCAAACUGACCUCCGGCGGAUAUCACUGUCCGCAGUGUUACAGCAAGUACUGCGAACUUCCGGUGGAAUGCACCGCCUGUGGUCUAACCCUAGCCUCCGCACCGCAUCUGGCCCGCUCGUACCAUCAUCUGUUCCCAGUGCCCCAUUACCAGGAACUCCCGUUCCAGCAGCAGGCCACCAAUUGCUACGGCUGUCAGAAACUGUUCGGUGAGACCACCGAUAAAACCAUUUACCAGUGCGCCACCUGUCGGCAGUUCUUCUGCAUCGACUGCGACAUCUUCGUGCACGAGACCAUGCACUCGUGCGUGGGCUGCACGACGAUUCCGGCAUCGGUGCAGGCGCUGCACGCUCGGAAGCCGGUUCCGCCACCGCACAGUAUGUCGUUGUUGUAAGUUGGUUGAAGCUUCUUUCAGGGUUGAAUAAAAUUCAAGAAAUAAUAAAAUA